ACCCUGUGGCGAUUCGUUUGGAACCAGUUCCGGCCUGCCUUUGAACAAAACAAAAAAUUUCCUACACAAAAUAAAAUAGAGCGAAUAUUACACGGAAGCUAUUUAAUCGCACUAUGCAUACCCUAUACGCGCUGCUCAAAAAUAAGCUAAGCGAUGUGCACCCUCUGCACAACAUUGAUUUGGACCGAGAUGUGGCCUAUUUAAAAGCACUGGUGACCAAAGAGAUGCAGCUGCAAUUCGACGCCAGUGAACUGGAGAUCAUCUACCACGGACGCGUGCUGGAGAAUGCCGACACCCUCAGCCGUUCGCUGCAGCCCAACGCAGUGAUCCACUGCUUUCGGAAAACCAAACGCUAUUCGCCUUAUGUGCCGCCAGCGGCCUCAGAAGUCAACACCAAACACAUCCAGGAGCUGUUCUCGCUGACCUCGCACCUGCAGAUCAGCGUGACCUCGCGUUUUAACAUCCUGCAGAAGAUACUCGCGGAGUAUCCGGAAUUCAGACGCAAUCUGGGCGCGCAGGCACUUAUUCGGGAUUCGGUCCUUUUUAACAUGUUGCACGAGCCGGAGGUUGUCCAGAAUCUGGUAAAGGAUUACCCACUCAUCUGCGAGGCGGCUCCCUUUAUUGUAGACACCAUUCGCAAGGAGCUGGCCAGGAACAGCUCUGCCACCCAAUUCCAAGAACAGGCUGCCUCAGAGUCCACCACUUCAUCAGAAGAAGAGAACUCCCUGGGAGCAGGUAGUAGCAGCAGUGGUGGAAGCAGCAGCGCCGUGGCAGCUGCGGCUGCCGCCAAUCGACGCGAUGAAAUAGCCAAUAUCCGGCAGAUCAGCCGACAGCAGCUGGCCAAUGCUUUGGCAAACGUUACUUCGUUCAACUCACUAUCAAAUAUUGCCCAGCGAAAUGCGGACGAGGCGCUGCAAGGUGAUGAGAGGCCAAGGACCACUUCUGCGCCACAGGCAGGUGUUGGAGGAGUGUUGGGAACCGGAGCAGGAGGCAGCAGCGGAGCGAGUGGCAGCGGUUCCAUCUCAUCAGAGCUUUUCCGCAAUGAACUGGCUCGCGCUUUUCAAUCUCUGGCACAGCAGCAGCCGUCACCGGUGGAGAACAUGGAUGUGGAGUCAGCAGUAGCCCCAGUCCUUGAGUCAGCAACUGCCGACGAUGUGGAUGACGAAGAUGAUGGUGGCGAUGACAGCGAUGUGCUACCACGCUGCUACCGCCGACAUCGCUUUACCGAACAACUGCGCACCAUGGCUGCCAUGGGCUUUAUCAAUCACACACAAAACGUAAAUUUUUUGGAAAUUUCCGAUGGAAACGUAGAACACGCCAUUAAUCUCCUAAUGAUGGGCAUGAACUAAAAAUAAAUUACAUCAAUAAACUUUAAAAUUAUUGACUAA